AUGGCCGUCGUCAAACCAAACCUCCGCCGUCUCUCCGGCCUGGCCUCGAUCAACCGCUAUUGUUCCUCCACCUCAGCCAUCGCCUCCGCCUCCCAUUCCGACACAGACACUGACACCAAUAUAGUCGUCACCACCACGACCAAAACCACUCAGAAACUAUCUCACUCGGAAACCCUAAUAUCAGAAAAACUCCACUCUAUAAUCAAAAACCACCACCGUCAAAACCCCAACCCUAUCCCCAUCCCCACCGAUUUUCCUCCCAACUUCACCAUCCCUUCGCUCUCCUCCGACUUCUCGAAUCUCUCCCGCCAACAGCCCAUCUCACCCGCCGUAAUCCGCUCCGUAAUCGAAAAAUGCGCCGCCGUCCGCCAUGGUAUUCCUUUUACACCAACCCUAGCUUUCUUCAACUGGGCUACCAGCACAACAACCGGUUCCUCGGAUACAUACAACGAAAUGAUCGACCUCGCCGGAAAAGUCCGACAUUUCGACGUAGCGUGGCAGGUAAUCGAGAUGAUGAAACAAAGAAACGUGGAAAUUUCGAUUGAUACCUUCUCGAUUUUGAUUCGUAGGUAUGUUAGAGCUGGGUUAGCUGCUGAAGCGGUUCACGCAUUUAAUCGAAUGGAGGAUUAUAACUGUAAGCCUGAUCGGAUUGCGUUCUCUGUUGUAAUCAGUAUUCUCUGCAAGAAACGAAGAGCUGAAGAAGCUCAAUCCUUUUUCGAUAGUCUAAAACACAAAUUCGAACCAGAUGUUGUCGUGUACACCAGUUUAGUCCAUGGGUGGUGCAGAGCAGGUAAGAUUUCAGACGCAGAAAGGGUAUUCCGUGAGAUGAAAACCUCCGGAAUCAAUCCGAAUGUUUACACUUACACCAUUGUAAUCGAUGCUCUGUGUAGAACUGGUCAGAUAACUCGUGCACAUGAUGUGUUCGCUGAAAUGCUUGACCAAGAAAUCAAACCCAAUGCUGUCACAUACAAUAACCUAAUGCGUGUACAUGUAAAAUCCGGUAGAACAGAAAAGGUUCUACAAGUUUACAACCAAAUGAAGCGCCUUUCUUGCACACCCGAUUUAAUCACUUACAAUUUCUUGAUCGAAACCCAUUGUAAAGACGAAAACCGUGAUGAAGCAAUCAAGAUUUUGAACUUGAUGAUCAAGAACGGGUGUGAACCAAAUGCGAGCAGUUUCAACCCAAUUUUUAGGGAAAUCAUGAAAGCCCGUGAUGUGAAUGGUGCUCAUAGAUUGUUUGGGAGGAUGAAAGGGUUGAAAUGUAGACCGAAUACUGUGACUUAUAAUUUGUUGAUGAGGAUGUUUGCGGAUUCGAAAUCGGCUGAUAUGGUGUUGAAGAUGAAGGAGGAGAUGGAUGAGAAUGGUGUUGAGCUUAAUGUGAAUAGUUAUAGGAUUUUGAUUGGGUUGUAUUGUGUGAUGGGGCAUUGGAAUAAUGCUUAUAAGUUUUUUAGAGAGAUGAUUGAAGAAAAGUGUUUGAAGCCAAGUAAUGGUGAUUAUGAAAUGGUGUUGGGGCAGCUUAGGAAAGCCGGGCAGAUCAAGAAACAUGAAGAGUUGGUGGAGAAGAUGGUGGAUAGGGGGUUUGUUGUUCGACCAUUGUAG